ACACAGGUGAAACAUUAGCCAGGCAGAGAGAGAGACACCACACACACACACACACACACACAACACACACACACACACACACACACACACACACACACACACACACACCACACACACACACACACACACACACACACACACACACACACACACACACACACACACACACACACACACACUCACACACAGACACAUACACACACGCUGGUCAGGAAAGAUGGCGGAGUCAAAGCGAACAUCUGAACCCAUCAACUUUGUGCAUCAGGAUGAAAUCUGGAAAGCACACGUUAACAUGGAGAAGGAUUCAGCUGAAAUCUGGCCCAACAAGUGGGGCUUGACUGAGGUUUACAGAGAGUACAAGCUGGAGAAUGUGAAGCUGAAGACAAGCGUCCGAGUGGAGCCUCCCCUCCACCUGGUCCCACAGCCUGAGACCCCGCCAGAGAAAUUCAUCCAGGUUGGCCCCUCCCCUCCAGUCCCUCAGACGACGCAGGCUCUGAUUGGCUGGCGUUCAGGCCGCUCCCAUCUGCAACUGGAGAAGUACGGCCCGGUGCAUCAUGGGAGACGUAGUUUUCUGAAGGAGCUGGGCUGGCCUCUCGACGCUUGCUGAGUGGAUGAUUCCCCUAGUGGCCACUGCUGCUCAUUGCUGCUACCUCAAUAAUCAAUAAUAAUCAGUGUGGAUUAUUAUUGAAUGUAGAUUAAAAAACACUAAUGGAACAUUAAUAUGAUUGAGUGUCGAUGUACAAACAUGAAGGAGACUGUGUGUAGAUGGUGGAAGUUCUUCACUGUCUAACUGGAUCUUGACUUUAUGUAUAAUCAUAGUAAUCAUAAUCAUAAUACUACUAUUAACUGUUAAUAUUAAUUUGUGCAUUGUGUAAUUAUACAAAAUACAGUAUGUAUAUAUAUGAUUAUUGUUAAU